AUGGCCGACGAUGACGUUGCAAGUCAUACUCCGACAAACCUUGUUGCAAGUCAUACUCCGACAAACCCCGUUGUUGGAGAUCAUGAUCCAAAUCAAGGUCAGCACGAUGAUGAGACACCUUUAUCUCCUCGUGGUGAACAGUUGAUGAAAAAGCUCACUACGGUCAUCCAACAGACGUUUGAACAACAUAAGAAUGAAAUCGGUAAAGAUAAGGGAAAAGAAAAAGAUUCAAGUGAGCUCUCGAGACCCAGAUCUGAAAGGGUAUCAUUUAAGGCAUUUAGAAGUAGUGGAGCAAUAGAGUUUACCGGAAUCACUGAUCCGGUAAUUGCCGUUCAAUGGAUUCAAAACACUGAGAAAGUCUUUCGCAUAGCUCAUGUGGCUAAUGAGGAUAAGGCAAUUUAUGCAAGUGCGAUGCUUACUGAAAGAGCACUUGUAUGGUGGGAUGCAACAUUUGAGACCCUGAAUGAAAACGAGAAAGAAAGUAUGCCGUGGGAGUCCUUCAAGGCUCGUUUCUUUGAGCAAUACUGUCCGGUGGACUUACAGAGGAGGUUAGAGAAGGAAUUUCUCGAGUUAAAGCAAGGCAACAUGUCAGUGAUUGAGUACGAAACUCAAUUCAACCAGAAAGCCCAUUUUGUAAUCCGUUUUAUUACAUCGGAGGAGGAGAGAGCACAAACUUUCAUUGAGGGACUGAGAUGUGAAAUUAGAGACUUUGUUGCGAACCGAGAGAUCCCUAGCUUUAAUAAGGCGGUAGAAUAUGCUCGACAUCUUGAGCACGAUUUGGAAGAGCAUGGUGAGUUGUCUUCUAUGCCCAAGCAUCGAAAGGCCUUCACACUUCAGUUGGAAGCAUCACGUUCUUGCCAGCGAUGUGGCAAGACUCACCGGGGGCGCUGUGAAAAUACGUCAAAAGAAACAAAGAAAACGGUGAAAGAUGUACCCGUUGUACGUGAUUUUCCGGAUAUAUUCCCUAACAAUUUGCCUGGUUUACCACCAGAUAGGCAAGUUGAAUUUCGGAUAGAUCUUGUGCCUGGUGCUGCACCCAUAGCAAGGACUCCCUAUCGUCUUGCACCAACAGAGAUGAAAGAAAUGAUGAGCCAGUUACAAGAGUUUUAUUUCUCCAAAAUUGAUCUGAGGUCGGGUUAUCAUCAGCUCAGAGUACGUGAUGAGGAUGUGCCAAAGAUGGCCUUUCGUACUCGUUAUAGGCACUUCGAGUUUCUUGUGAUGCCUUUUGGGUUAACAAAUGCCCCGGCUGCUUUCAUGGACAUGAUUAACUGUGUAUGUUGUCCUAUGCUCGACAAGUCUGCGAUCGUUUUCAUUGAUGAUAUCUUGGUGUAUUCUAAGACCGAGAGUGAUCAUGUUAUGCAUCUUAGUGAGAUGCUAGAGCUGUUAAGGAAAGAAAAGUUAUAUGCGACGUUUUCUAAGUGCGAAUUCUGGCUUCGCCAAGUACAAUUCUUGGGACACAUGAUUUCGGGAGAAGGUGUUUCAGUUGAUCCGUCAAAGAUCGAAGCAAUACAAUAA